AUGUUGAUGAACAAUAAGUUUUAUCUUUGUUUAUUGUCUUGUCAAUUGUCAAAUCGUAUAAAUAAAAAUAAGAAUAAAAAAUGAAAGAACGAGUUAUUUCGAGAAAAGAAAAUAAAAAAACACAAGGCGAGAAGAAACCAUUCGAUAAAAAAAAGUACAGAUUACAAAAGUACAGCAAUAAAUUUAAAGUAAAUCAAUGGGAAGAACGUCGUAAAAAAGCAGUAAUACGCAAUUUUUACAAGGAACAAGAAAAGGAUAGAAAAAAUGCACCAGGUCCAAGUAAUUUAAACGUACAGGAUGACAAAAGCUCACCAAACAAGAAAAAUCCGUAUUUUGCUGCGAAAGCCGAAUUUCAAAAGAAGAAACAAGAAAAGAAAAAUAAAAAAGAACAAAUAGAACAAAUAAAAGCCGAAAGGAUAGAAGCAUUAAAAAAAUAUAAAGAAAAGAAAAUGCAAAUUUAUAAAAAAUUAUCGAAAAAAACAAAAAAAGGACAACCAGUCAUGAAAGAUAGAAUGGAACUUUUAUUUGAAAAAAUUCAACAAAGUACGUAAAAUUAAUAAUUUUUUUUUUUUUAUAUAUAGAAAAUAUUCUAUAAUUAAUUUUAGUAACAAUAAUUAAUUUAAUUGGAAUAGAAAUUAAAUUUUAUAAAAAAAAAAUCUAUUCUAAUUUUUGUAAUUAUGUAAAAAGAAUGUCAAAUUCUUAUUUUAAUAAAUAAAAUAAUUUUUUUUUAAAAUGAA